GUUUCAAUUCGACGAAUCCACCGACUCUGCCGUGAAGAUACAAUCAAGGAGGCCUCGUCCUCCUCCAAAGACGAGCACGGAAUGGCUAGAGAAAAACAACUACACCAAAUGGCCGUCAAGAGUCGACGGAGAAGAACUUGGAAACGUUGGAUGGGAUUACAACAGCAAAGAAGCAAUAGCAGCAGAUCUUAUGAAACACGCACCUCUGGACAUCAAAAUCCUAGAAGAAGUGGAAGCAGAAUUGAUGCAACUGGAAGAAAAACUGGGAGUCCAUGCAAACUCAUUCUUUGAAACCAAACAGAGGGACACGACUACAAGAAGCAAGACUGCAGACGGUCUGCGCUUUGCCCCACAUCCGGUCUUUUUGACUGAAUUAUAUGAUCAUGAUGUGGUUGCCGCGUACAUCAAUAUCAAACCAAAACGGAAGGUCAAAAAUGACAGUGAGGAUCAAACCAAGGCGACAAAACAUGAUCCUGUCUUUCCUGGAUUCUCUAUGGAUGAGUUGACUCCAUUGCCAGGUCAACUGGAGGCUCUGCAAAUUUUACUGAAGGUCACGCAAGCACAAGGAUUCAAGCCUGGAUUUACGAAGUUGUGGAAGAAAGUGUUUCUAUCUCAAUCAUCCGUCGCUAUUCUUCAAGAUGCAUUCUGGUGGCUUUAUCUUGAUCAUUUUCAACCAAAUGAUAUAGAAGCUAAAUCACAACUUUUCGCUCGUAUAGGAGACAGCUAUGUGGCAUUGUUCUGCUAUAUUAGUCUCGACUUCAAAGACAAAUUCUUUCGGUUCUAUGCUGACUGCCUGUCUCAAGCCAUAUUCACAACAUUUUGUCAAGCAUACCCGGCUCUACGAAUGAUAUUCCACGACGAGAAGUUCAAAACUCACCUUGUAAAUGUUGUAUGGGAAUGGAUUGCAGGUAUUCGACCUCCUGCAGGAUCAUGGAGUCGGUGGAAGAUGUACGAACUCGAUCCUGAUUAUAUUGUGUCUGCUCCCAUCGAAACAGAUGAAUCGUUUACUCACGCACAUAAGAGAGCAAGUAAGAUUUUAUUCAAUUUGGGUGAUAUGGAGGCCUCAUUGCCUGUUGGUCAAAGAAGUGUGUCUCGUUCUGCACACAUUGAUAGGCGCGGAUCACUAAAACCUCGUCGAUCUUCAUUGUCACCAAUAAAGUUUCAAUCAAGGAAUAUCUCUCCGUUGUCUAACAAACGUUUAGAAGAGGAGUCUGAACAAAUUGGGCGAGGACCAGAAUUCGAGCGUGUCUUGUUUGACACCAAAGGUCACAGUCCGCUAGUAUCGCAUUACCUUCAAUCGAGACGUCUGCUAACAGAAGGACCGGGACCAACAGAUUACAUGAAGCGAACUCAAUUGUCUGCAUUGCCACCUCCAGCUCCAACAUAUAGAGACGUGAUUCAUCAUGCUCGUAAAGUAGGCAAGAAAAUGGCAGCCGAAUAUGAGAGGGAGCAGCAUGAGUUCAUGAUGGAAGAGCAACGAGCUAGAAAACAGAAUCGCAAAUUGAGGCAAGAAUUUCAGAGGCUUACCAACGAAAUAUUGUCUCGCCAACAUGAAGUAAAGAUGUUGAGUGAUCGUCUUAUUGACUCUUUGGCGAGUGGCAGUUACAUGCCCAUAGGAACACUAUUAGCCAGUGUUCUCAACCCUCUUGAUGCCUCUGAAUUUAGUGAGUCGGAAUCUAAUAUGUCAGUUUCGUCGGAUCAUCAAGACACAAGAAAGUCGGUUACACCAGAAAACAGACCAAGUAGUUCACGAAGUGUGGCAUCGAGGCAAACUCCUCAGUGAAGAAGGUAAUGGAUGUAUAUCGGUCGGGUAAAUUACAGUCCAAAUGACAGACAUUGCUGGAGUUGUGUGCAGCAACUAGAUCUAUUUAUCUCAAUUGAAUAGGAGUAACAA